AUGGGCUUGGAAUGGCCUGCCGCCGCUCAAAGACUAACCCUCGAGGUCAUCAUACACCUGAUUGAGUUCGGCAAAAUAGAUGCUGUUGCGAGAUUGUCAGCCACAGGCCGUGCCGGAAAGGCAGCCGUCAGAUGCGUGCUCUCGCCCGUCAUCUGGUCCGCACAGCUACCAGUCCUGCAGCGUGCCGUUGAGGCAGCUGUUGCUCCUCCCCUCCCUUCGGCAGCGCGGGUGGCUAUUCUGGAUGCCUUCGGUGAGGUAGCCUACCGUCGCAACUUAUGCCCUUGGCGAGUGCGUGCCAUCUGCUUCACACGCGCAGGUCGAGCCGUGGGUGAGGCACCUCGGCGAGCCAUGGUACGCUUUGACUUCCGAUGCCCUCGCAGGCAUGGAUUGCUGCAGCCAGUUCGAGGGGUUCCUGCAGCUUACAGAUUGCGGAGCAGCACCGACGAUCUCAUGUUGCUGUGCAGCCACUGUGGCCGAGAUCAGAUUGAGGAGGAUGAGAUGAUUUUACAUUGUCCGCGGUUCGGCUGCUGCUAUGACCUUUGCCUGAGCUGCGCAGAAGCACUGGUGACUCACCGCCGCAGCGACAAAGAUGCGCAGCGGUGCGAGAGG